AUGUCACAAUACAUACGAAACAGGAGCGUCGGUUCACCUACUGAAGUGGUUGCAGAGAAGGGGGUUUGUAACGUAAACUUCAUAACUGAAGAGCGGCUCCGUUCUAUUUUAGCUGAAACCCUGCACUCGACAAUAAAAUCUCUGGUUACUUCUGAACUCAAAUCAAUAAAUGACCAGGUCAGCGAGCUUCACGAAUCAUUUACUUUCUUUAAUGCUAAAUAUGAGGGAAUGAAAGCUACUUUAAUGGAGAAAAUGGCAGUAAUCGAUGCAUUGCAGAGUGAUAACAUUAAACUUAACUCAGCUGUGUCCAGCCUUUCUUACAGACUAAAUAUGUUGGAGCAAAAUAUGAGAGAAUCUAACAUUGAAAUUAAUGGAGUUCCUAAAUUGAAAUUGGAAAAUUUGUUUACUACAGUGGAGCAACUAACUAAAACUAUAAAUGCUCCUAUCAUCAGGGAAGAUGUAUUGAAGGUCACGCGUGUUGCAAAGCUCAACAAGGACAGCAAAAAACCUCGUGCAAUAGUGGUUUAA